AUGGCCACCCUGAACGGGGACUUCUGCCGAAAAGUCACUGUGGGUACCCACGUCACCGCGUAACCACAAACAUAAUCUUUGCAAGAGAAGUGUCACAAGACCCCGACGCGCGUCUACACCAUUCUACGAGAUUUGGCAAUACACUUUAGCACGAAGAAUCGCGAGCAACAAGGUUUUCCAUGGCAGAUACCGGACGGGAAACCACGCUGUCUUCUUAGAGUAGCUGAUGUAGCACUUACACACCUGGGAUCCGGGUCAACUCUUUAGCCUUUUACGAUGUCCUGAUCCGUUUAGCAUAAGGCGUGGACAGACGGACUGUUAAGUUUCGAUUAUCAUUUUGUACAAUACGGUUUCCUGUCUUGUUGAGUCUGUUUUUCCGCGCUGUUCAUACUGAUGAGUACGAAGAGCGUAAGACAGAGGCAGAGCAUUCGAAUUUAAUUUACACGCAAUUCGCUGCAUCUGCGGGCAAGAGUGUUGUAUGACACAUGGCUUAUAUCACCGGAAACGAUGGUCCAUCUGUUAAAAUCAUAAAGGGCUUUAUUGCUUAGUUUAAAAUUUGCGGUUGUUUACUGUCCAGCGAUACACAGAUUGCAGUUAACAUGCUUGUUUAAGUGCUUAGCAGCAACAAAGUAGUUUUUAUAAGUUAUUUCGUUUUUAGCCCAGUUGAAAACAUUUAUUCUGCUUAAAAGCGCAGUAAAAAUGUUGAGGUAUAUUGUUUUGUUUAAACCACGCUGUUCUGCCUGAAAGCAAAAGCGUUGGCUUUUUCUGGAAAGAACGUCUAACAGAACUCUGCGCCAACUUGAUUGGAUCGAAUUCGCAACUUUUUUUGAAUCGAUUAGCAGAUUGCUCUUGCAGUCUGACAAGAAUCGAGUCUGUUGUGCAGUGUGUGACGAUAAGGCAGGCGUGUUGGGGAGGCGAUUCUGUAGGUUGUUAAAUUCUUUUUUGGAUAUACUUGCACACAGUGUACAAUUUUUUUUAUUAUUUUAUUUUUUUUUCUGAUAUGGGUAAUCUGAGAUUAAGCAAUAUUUUUAGAUCAAAGGAUACAAUGAGGGGAUUUUACUGAAUAAUAUUUACAGACUUAUUUAGACGUAGACCAAUUAGAGGAUAUUCUGCGUUUAAUCUUCUAAGCAUCCUCUCUUAUUUUGGUUAAGCAAAUCACAUAUAGUUUUAUUAACACUUCUACCUAAAUAAUAAACACCUAUUUGAUUAUGGUCAGUGGAACAAGGCAUUAGUAUAUUCGAUACUUAUGAGAUAAAAUUAAAUGAGGGAUAAGAACCAUCUGGAUGCGAAGUAUUGGGCUACCUAAAAUGGUUUUAUAUCAUGAAAAUCGGCGUUUGCACUUUACCAAAGGAGACAUGCAAAACAGGGUAGUUAUUUCAAAGGAAUUUUAAACCAUACUUCAAAUUGUGCAACAGAACUGAUUUUAAAAAUGAAAAUAAAUGAGGAGGAAAUUGAAAAACAAAUUUAUGAGUAACAGUACGUAAGCUAACUCAUGAAAUGUCAACCGAAAUUCCGAAAUUCGCUUUCGUUUCGAAAUGAUUAAUUAAGUAGGUUUGUGAAACUGAUCGUCAUCCAGCAAAAUUCUAUAAUACUCCAGUUACCUGAGGAUUCCGACUUUUGAACGAUUAUCUUUGCUCUUGCAUGCAAAAAAUCUACUUUGUAAACAUGAAUGUUUAAGCAGCAUGACCUUUUCUACUUGAUUUUCGAUGCCCUUAGAUAUUUAAUUAUAUUACCUGUAAAGCAUGCAUAAAAGUAUUCAUUCUUUUAUUAACUCGGUGAAAAAGUACGUCUUCUUCCAACUUGACACUCGAAAGAAGUACAUAAUUCGGUUUUAGAAAAGUCUCUACUUGUGAGAUUGUUUAACACCUUUAACUGGCCGUUCAUAAAACGCCAUGUCUCUGCAUUUACAUGUUGCUUGUAAAGUCCACAAUAUGGCCAAAAACCCUGCCUCUAAUAGCGUAGAGAAAUGUGAAGAUUGCCGUACGCUGAAAGUAUACGGCUUGUACUUUUAAUCGCUGAAUGUAAGUAUAAGUGCGGGUCGGGUUCAAAAUUAUUCAAGAAUUGAAAACGUUUUAGAAAACCGGAAUAUACCCAUCUUUCGAGUAUAAGAUUGCAAGAAGACGUAAUUUCUUCACCGUACUUGAAUAAGAAUAAAUAUUUUUAUGCAUGUUCUUCAUGAAUUAUGAUUGCAUUUGUAAGGGCGUCAAAAGUAAAUGAGAAAAAUGCAUGCUUCUCAAGUUGUCACUUUUGAAAGAGUGUAGUUUUCGCAUGCAGCCGAAAAGAAGUUGGUUCAAAAGCCGACACCCUGUGGUAACUGAAUUAUUAUGGAAUUAUUUUGCAAAAUGACUAGUUCUACAACCCUAUUUAGGCAGUCUUUUCGAAAUAAAAACGCAUUUCGGAAUUUCGGUUGACAAUUCAUGAGGUGGCCCACCUAUUGUGAAUUUAAUGGACUUUUCCAUAGAAGAGCUAUUCGAAAACGGACGCCAUUCAUCAUGUUCAGCACAGGGCUCGCCAUCCGGUACUUGUGGUUAAACAAUAAACUGCAAAUAUUGCGUGAACUUUCUCCAGUGACGCCGGAAGUGGUACGUAGGCCGUUUUAAAGUAUAACAGACUUAAACAUAUAUCGCCAACGUUAGCGUGAACAAAUCGUAAAAUUUCCUGAUUAAUCAAAACAAAAUCCCUAAAACAAAAAACCCACCCGAGCGACGUUGCCUUAAGUAUUCUAGAAGCGACCAUGUUUAAUAAGAAGGUACUGUCAUAUUCGCAAUUUUACAUUUCCUGACGCUUGAAAAAUCACCUUUCACUAUAGGAGAAGAAUUUAGUAAAAUGAAUAUAAUGCAAAUCGUUUCAAUUUGACUAACCACAAUUGUGCACAGGACGGUUCGAAGCAUGCAAGGCGAAAGGAAAUGACAAAUAAUAGGUUCAACAUAUCAGAAAUUUUUGGAUUGCUCUUUUGCAUUUUACACAGUUGAAAGUCUGUCAAACAUACAGACAGACAAGUUUCUAUCGAAAAUUAUCUAUGCGAGAUCAUCUAGCACGAAACCAAGCUUUUGCUUUGUUAAAAAUUUCUUCCUCGCCUAGUGUCAAUGUCCUAUAACAUGUGCAAAAAGAUUUUAGAGGGGGUUGACGUACGAGCUAUUGGUAGGGAUAAAAUCGAAUGGAAGCCAUAUUCAAAGAGGCUGGCUGUUGUCUCAAAUAUCAGACUACGGUUAAAGGCAUUAUCAGAUUCACACUCCUCUAGAGCGAUACACACGGGCAUUGUUGCAUAAAAUUACGGUGAGCUAUUCUCACCGAACACCUCGCUGAUGAUUGUGUCCGUGAUUAGCUGGUAGACUGGCUGUUCUCCGAAUUUAGCAACCAUUCUAACCACUAACCGUCAACGGUUCCUAAAGGUUGCCGUCGACACAUUGUGCUCUUCCGGGAAGUUCAUUUCACACAUCAUUAAAAAUUUGUCGCAGAGUGACCUUUCUUAUUUUUUUGUCAAGGAACUAAGAGGACAACCCUAACGCUCUCAUUUUCCUUAUAAUUUCUUAUUCGAGUUCUGAGGGAAAUUGUUUUCAUCGCACGACUUGACAAAGAAAAGCGAGAGUACAUAGCGGGUACACAAUAUAUGUCACACAAGUUUAGUACCGUGUUGGCGAAGGCCAAACUCUGAGUUAAAAUGAAUCGUUCUUCAGUAAGUGGCUCUCUGGUCCUCACAUUUAUUCAAUAAACACAAAACAUUAUACCAAAUGCAUGGGGUAAUUGUCACUAAAGUUUAAAUUCCUAGAUUUAUUCAGUUAAAGCACCUCUUGGAAAUGCGUAAAGGGAGGUUGGCUUACUGUUAGAAUUAUCAUUCCUAUAUUUUUAGCAAUAGGCCUCCAUUCACGGUGGACAGAAGGGGCUGUGCACAUCGGACAACGGCGGACGGUGACUUAUAAGAACAAAUAAUUCGUUCACGGAAAAAUUGACAUAGUUUAUUUGUUUUGCCUACGUAUACUUGUCUAUUUAAUUAAUGAACCAUUUGUUCAUUGUUUUAAGCGCAUGUUGGCCUCGCAUAUUAAGUCAGACCGCAUGUGCACGCCAACAGUGACGCAAAUACAAUUGCAUGAUUAAGUGAAACUGCACUGUUUCCAGUGCCUUGGUCGUUCUGAUAAUUCUACCAGCAUAAUGGAGCUCGGUUUUAAAAUUACAUGGCAUCUCUUACAGGUCUGGGCUAUUCCGCGGGUAUUAUUAAAGUUUACUUUAUUUAAAGAAGACACCAAUUUGUCCGCCUUUUACUGCGUAAGAUAUAAAUCGCCCUCCACAUAUCACCGCUAACAUUUACAAGUAUCAGAUAUAUAAAAAACAAGCGUUUAUUGAAUGUUUUGUCAUAAACGCUGACCGAUGUUGUUGCAAGACAACCAAAAUAUGUGACUUACGAACGAAACAGGCUUUAGACUCACUUCAUAUCGAGAGGCUACUCAGAGACAUAAUUUUUUGUCCAUGUAUUAUCGUCUCUACGGAGAUACCAGCAGCAACCACGUCUUUGUUUCAGGGCAAUGUCGUGUGACAGUUCUUGCUUUGCUCUGGUCAUCGGAGUGUUGCUGUGGACUUGCGCAUAUAUCGGCAUGAUUGUGGGCAUCAUUGGGGUUGCCGUCUUGAUAAUUAAUGGGUCCGAAGUGGAGGGGUAAGCACUUCUAUCUGUUAACUAUUUUUUACAUUUUUGCAGUUUGAUGGAAUUUUUUUUGGCCAUCCUAGGCACUGGCGCAUUGAUUGUCUUUGUGAGUGCAAUUGCUGUCGCCGUUGUUAUUUGCUCGGCAAUUGCUGCAAAUGACGAUGAUGACAGUGCGAAUGAAGAGACGAACGCGUAG